UCCAGGACGCGCCCACCCACUGCUGACGUUGCCAGCAGAGCUCUGCGCUUCACCGAGCAUCCACGGGAAGGAAGAAAGAAAGCUUUGCUUCGGGAGAGUGCAACAUUAAAAGUUUCGGUUUUAUCGGCGACAUCAUGGUUCUGCAGAGGCUCUUCCGCGCCGUCAUCAUGGGACCCCCGGGUUCUGGCAAGGGGACGGUGUCUGGGCGGAUCGCGAAAACUUUUGGCCUGGAACACAUCUCCAGUGGGGACAUUCUCAGAGCCAACAUCAACGCUAAAACGGAGUUGGGACUGCUGAUGAAGGCCAGUAUUGAUCAAGGUCAGCUGGUACCAGACCACGUCAUAUCUCGCCUCAUCCUCAGAGACCUGAAAGCCAUCCCACAAAGCAGCUGGCUUCUGGACGGGUUCCCUCGAACCGUCACCCAGGCAGAAGCUCUGGACGACGCCUACAGCGUGGACACGGUCAUAAACCUCAACGUUCCUUUCCACACCAUCAAAGAGAGGCUUACGUCGCGAUGGACUCACCUGCCCAGCGGCAGAGUGUACAACGUAGACUUCAACCCGCCUAAAGAGCCUGGUCGUGAUGAUGUGACAGGGGAACCUCUGGUCCAGAGGGACGACGACACGCCCGAGACCGUCACGAGGAGACUGAAGGCCUACGAAACCCAGACGGAGCCCGUCCUAGAGUACUACAGGAGUAAAGGCAUACUGGAGACAUUCUCCGGGACAGAAACCAACAAGAUCUGGCCGCACGUUGAGGCUUUCCUCCACAAAAAGCUCUCAGUGGUCAAUAAGGGGGUUGCCUAGCAACAGAAGACUCUCUUGCUCAUAUUAUUAAUAUAAUAUUAUGCAUCAUUCAUGUCAAUCAGUCAUGGAUGGGACGCUUGUCUCAUCAUUCUGAGACAAAACUACUAAUCUUAUUUGACUUGAAUGUUUCAUUCAGAUUCAGACACUCCGAGAAGACAAAUAUGACUUCUUAAUUAAAAAAAUAAUAAUAAUAAUAAUAAUUAUUGGAGGCUUUGUGCCACUUUGGGACCAAUUCUUAUAUAGUAGGUAUAUUUACUACUUAGUGAAGGGAAAGUGCAAUGUUCUAGAAUGUUCUAGGAGGGAUGCUGUGCCUUUGAAUGUAGUAUGUUCGUUCACACUUUAAGAUGCCUUACAAUGGAUGUGUGCCUUUUGUUCGUUUUUAACACAUGAAUUUGAAAAAAAGUGCAAUUGUACCGCCAUUUAGGUUUGAAUCGGAAUAAAUAUGAAAAUUCGCUGUUUGAGUUUUUACCGCUGCAAAGCACAGCGCAACGUUAUGUUUUGCCGGCGUUUAUCUGUUUUAGUUUGUCUGUGUUCAAAAUAACGUUUGAAUGGAUUUGGAUGACAUUUUCAGGAAUUGGCAGAAAUGGGAUCUGGAAGAACUGAUUACAUUUUGGGGGUGAUCCGGAUCACCGUCUGGAUCAAGGAAUUUUUAAAAGGAUUCUUUAACAUGACAGGACCAUUUUCGGCAUUUGAAAAAAAUAGUCAGAGCAUAAACCCUCCCAGUACAUUGUGCUAUCAUGCUAGGUGCUAGCAUGAUAAUGUGAGCACUGCUAGCACGCAAAUGUUAACAUACUAGCAUUAUUUUUGUUUGCUAUUUUCAUGGGUAGAUACAUAUAAACACCACUAUCAUGCUAGGUGUUAGCAUGCUAAUGUUAACAUUGUUAGUAUUCUUUAAGUCAUUAAAACCCUUCCAAGGUAUGUUUUCAUGGUCAAGGUCUGCACUCCCAGAGUGUUUUCUAGUAUUUAAUUAUGCGUUUUGUGGGGUUUGUUUUCCGUUUGAGGCUGGGUAAUAAAAGACUUCAUUUAUUUUCUAGCCUGUGCCUUAUGGAUUCAUUAUAACUAUACUACUUGGAAAGUCCCAACACUCCAUAGACCCUAUUGGGACGCAACAGCUGGUUUUACCAUACCAGUGGUACGGCAUGGCAUGGUAUGGUAUUCAACUAAUAUUAACAUACAUAAAAAAUAAUCACUAACUACAGUGGUGUGAAAAAGUCUUUGCCUGUCUCAGGUCAUCAAACAAACGUAAAUAUUAGUCAAUGACAACACAACUGAACACAAAAAGCAGUUUUUAAAUGAAACUUUUUUUUAUUAAGGGAGAAAAAAAGUCCAAAGCUACAUGGCCCUGUGUGGAAAGUAAUAAAACAUAACUUAACUGAGAUGAAUUGAGAUCUAUCAGUGUGGAAAAAGUUAUAAAGCCAUUCUAAAGCAUUGGGUCUCCAGCCAACCACAAUGAGAGCCAUUAUCCACAAAUGGCCAAAACAAGGAACAGUGGUGAACCUUCCCAGGAGUGGCCGACCACCCAAAAUGACCCCAAGAGUGCAGCGACGACUCAUCCGAGAGGUCACGAAAGACCCCA